AUGCUUCCCUUCAAGGUGAGCAAAUGGAUGGGGCUGGCUUGCUUCCAGUCACUGGUACACUCCUCACCUAGUGUUCCUCAGAAGAAACUAAUCCACAAGCUACAAGAGGAAAAGGCUUUUCGAGAAGAGAUAAAAAAGUUCCAUGAGAAAAUAGAAGGCUUCAGGGAAGAGAUAUGGAAUUUCCGUGGCAAGAUCCGGGGCUUCCGGGGUCAGAUCCUGGGUUUUGGGGAAGAAGAAAGACCUUUCUGGGAAGAAGAGAAAACUUUCUGGAAGGAAGAAAAAAACUUCUGGGAAAUGGAAAAAUCUUUCCGAGAAGAAGAGAAGACAUUUUGGAAAAAAUACCGUACUUUCUGGAAAGAGGACAAGGCCUUCUGGAAAGAGGACAAUGCCUUGUGGGAAAGGGUUAGGAAUCUUCUUCAGGAGGACAAGGCGCUAUGGGAGGAGGAAAGGGCCUUGUGGAUAGAGGAGCGAGGCCUGCUUGAGGAGGAAAAGGCCCUGUGGGAAGAUAAGAAGUCCCUCUGGGAGGAAGAGAAGGCUCUCUGGGUGGAAGGGGGCCACCUCCUGCUCCUUGGGGAGCAGAGGCCCCCAAACGAAGAAUUACAAUCACCAGUGUUUCCCCGAGGCCGGGCAUAG